AUGGCGCACACAUUUGUUACGCUUUUGACGUUGACUUUGAUGGGCUGUCUCACCGAAUCAUCGAUAUUCUUGCCGAUCGUUCCCAAAACGCUUACACUGGAGGAAAUAUUUCCUUUGCCACCUGAUUUUUACCCAGAGAGGGUAGAGAUAGAUUGGAUCUCUGAUACAGAGUACGUAGUGAGGGAGCAUUAUAUGGACUUCAGAAAAUACGAUGCAGUUAGGGAUUCAUUCGUUACCAUUCUAAAUGAAACGGACUGGGUCAAUUUACAUCAUUAUGCAGUUUCUUCGUAUUCUAAAGACCUUAAAUAUUUUUUACUAGCUGCAAAUUUGACGAAGGUGUAUAGAUAUUCGACCUUAGCCGACUACUCGGUGUACGAUAUCGAACUGAAGACUAUUUCUAAAAUAGGUCAAGGACCGGCACAAGUAGUGGUCUGGGGCAAGGGAGGUGCUCUUGCCUAUGUCGAGAACAAUAAUGUAUAUUACAUCUCUAAUGUUGCCCGACCUGAUAUAGUAACUGCACUAACGAGCGACGGUAUCCCUGGAGAAUUAUACCAUGGCGCGACGGACUGGAUAUACGAAGAGGAGGUGUUCAAUGGGGCCGAGGCACUGUGGUUUUCACCCAACGGCACGUACCUAGCCGUAGCUUCGUUUGACGACCGUAAUGUAGAGUCUGCAAUUUAUCCGUACUAUGGCAGUCCAAGUGAUUUGGACAACCAAUAUCCUCAGCUGGUUCAGUUCAAAUAUCCGAAGGUAGGUCGCACCAAUCCAAUGGUUGCUCUUCGGGUUUUUAAUCUAACCAACUUAGAUAGUGAACCGUGGGUCAUUCCGGCACCAGUUGACGUGGUCGGGCUAGAUCACAUACUGGGUAGAGUAAAUUGGGCGACCGAUCAGAACCUGGUAGUUCUCUGGCUGAAUAGAAGACAAAAUGUCAGUAUCCUGAUUAAUUGCGACCUCGCUCUGGACAAAUGCAGUAUGGUAAGGGAGCAGACCGAGAGAAACGGUUGGGUUGAUAUUCGGGAUCCAUUCUUCGACAGCACCGGAACUCGUAUGGUGGAAGUGCAGCCUAUGUUUUACAAUGAUCAGAGGUUUUUGCACGCCGCACUUUACGACUUCAACACACAAAACGCGGAGGAUCUGAGCCCUGGAAACUCAACCGUCACUUCCAUCGUCGGAUGGAACGAAAAGACGGACACUGUAUAUUACAUAGUAUCCCCAUGGGAUCGCCCGUGGGAGAGACAGCUAUGGGCGACGUCUGAUGGAGUUAGCCGGUGCAUAUCAUGCCGGGAUGCGACCUGCCGCAGCGUAGCCGCAAUGUUUUCGCCCGGCGCUAGUUAUGGCAUCGUCUCGUGCAGUUCUACCAACUCGGCUCCAAUCACUUACUUGUACAAUGGACAGACUAACGGCCUCAAAAUUAUUGUCUACAACAAUGAGUUGACCGAAAAACUUAGACAUUACAAGCUGCCAAUGACACUUUUCAAUAUCAUAUCCUUAGGAGAAGAUAUCGUCGCUCACAUAAAGCUCAUGCUCCCACCCGAUAUGGAGGCAGGGCGGAAAUAUCCAAUGGUCUUAAAGGUGUAUGCUGGUCCAGGCAAUACUAGGGUGAAAGACAAUUUCAAUUUAGAGUACUACGGCUCUUAUCUAUCGACGAAUAGGAGUUUUAUAGUGGCUUCCAUCGACGUCAGGGGGUCGGGCGCGAUGGGAGUGGAGGCCAUGUACUCCGUCAACAAUGCGCUCGGCACCGUCGAAGUAACUGAUACGUUGGCUGCACUAGAGCGGCUGAUCAGUUUGUACCCGUUCAUUGACCCUGAGCGCAUUGGUGUAUGGGGCUGGAGCUACGGUGGCUACGUCACUAGCAUGAUGCUGGUGCGGGACAGUAUCAGACUUCUUGCUUGUGGCGCCGCAGUAGCGCCAGUAACCUCGUGGUUGUACUAUGAUUCCAUAUACACGGAACGAUACAUGGACACUCCGCAAGCCAACCCUCUUGGUUAUAAGCAGUCAGACUUGCUGGCUGCAUCAGAGGAGCUUCGCGGAAGACAAUAUCUCCUUGUCCAUGGCAGUGGAGAUGACAACGUUCACUUCCAGCACAGCAUGCAGCUCGCUAAAAAAUUACAGCAUGCCGAUAUUGCUUUUGAACAAUUGAGUUACACGGAUGAAAAUCAUUCAUUAGCGGGACUGCGGAAAAUCCACCACGCCCUGGAGUACCUGGGGCAGUUCACACACGGGGACUCUUUAAUAGAGUUG